AUGGCAGCCACAUCCGUCGCCUCCGCCCCGCGGCCGCUCCGCUUGACGCAGCGCCGGGCGCUCGGGUCGCCCUGCCACCACCACGCCCCGCCGCUCUUCCCCGGCCGCAGGCUGCGCCUCGCAGUCUCGGCCUCCGCCGCCACCGAGGAGACCAGCGGCGGCGGGCCCGGGCGGUUCUACUUCAACUUCACCGGCUUCCCCUUCCCUCUAGGCCCCUUCCUCAACCGCCGCACAAUCCGCACCGAGGCCGUGAAGGGCAGCGUAUGGCUGUUCGAGCAGGAGCAGGCGCUGGGAUUCAGCAGCGUCUCCGUCAACACCCGCAUGACCGUCGUCAAGCUCAGGUCCGGCGGGCUCUGGGUGCACGCCCCCAUCGCUCCCACCAAAGAAUGCAUCCAGCUGCUCAAGGAGCUGGGCGCGCCGGUGGAGCACAUUGUGCUGCCGACCUUCGCGUACGAGCACAAGAUCUUCCUCGGGCCCUUCUCCAGGAAGUUCCCCAAAGCGCAGGUAUGGGUGGCGCCGCGGCAAUGGAGCUGGCCUGUUAACCUGCCGCUCGAGUUCUUCGGGGUCUUCCGGUCCAAGCCCCUCAAAGACGAGGACAUUGAGACCCCGUGGGCCGCCGAGAUCGAGCAGAAGGUUCUCAGCUCGCCGGAAGUUGGGAUUGGGCCUUAUGUGGAGGUGGCGUUCUACCAUAAGCCUUCGCGGACGUUGCUAGUUACGGAUGCUGUAAUUUUUGUUCCUCGGCAGCCGCCUGAUUGUAUCAGUAAAGAAUCGUUGCUGGCAGCUGCCAAGAACGGCUUGGCAGUGAAGAUAUUGAGCAAAGGGAAAGAGGUUUCCGAUGAGCCGGUUGUGGACAAUAAGCUGAGCCGGCAGAAAGGAUGGGAGAGGAUGGUACUUCAGAUAUUGUUUCUUGGCCCCUCAAACCUUUUAGAGCCAAACGCAAGCUUCGCGCAAAUGUCGCAAAAGUUGAUUGUUUCACCAAUCGUCAAGACACUCGUUUUCAGCAAAGUUCCAGAGAAGGUGAGAGACUGGGUAGACAGGAUCGCCGCGGACUGGCCUUUCAGGCGGAUCAUCCCUGCGCACUUUGCGGCCCCAAUCAAUGCGAGCCGAUCCGACUUCUUGGCUGCCUUCAGUUUCCUCGACGACUUCCUCCCGGAGCGCCCCACCGUGUCUCCAGGCCUCUCCCUCAUCUUCGCCUCGUUCAUGGGCAAGGCGGCCAGCUACUUCCCCCCGGACGACAUGAAGACCCUCUCCUCCCUGGAUGACUUCUUGGUCUCUGUCGGCGCAGUCAAGAAGACCGUCUCUGGAAGGAAGCGAUGACCGAUGUGCAGAGAAACCCCCUGCAUUAUCUCCCAUAGUUUUGUUUGUAGAAGGGUGUCUAUGGUUGCUGCUGUACAUGGUUUUCUACUGUUCAAAUAUGCAAUUUCUGCAGUAGUUAGUUCUUAGAUUAUACAGUAUAUGAUGUGUAUAUCCUUUUAGCAGUUUACAGCUACAAAUGUUACUCCACAGCUGAUUUUUUUUUUAUCCUUUCUCCCGGGGACUAAAAUUUGGAUACUUCUUACUGGAAGAAAAUUUUCUUGCGGCAGUGGGACAUGGCUGCGUAACUAUGUUUUAAUUUUCA